AUGUUAGCGGUUUUCAACAAAUCUGUGGCCAAAAGUCCCGAGGGUUUACAGAGUCCCGAAUCAAACUCAGUUUCAUCACUCAAAGAUGAUUUCUUGGGUCAACAUUUCGCAUCUCUUCACCCUUCUUCUGUUAACCUUAACCUCGCUUCUUCCGCUUUCUUAGCCUAUUCUCUUCACAAUAACAACCCAUUACUUCCAAGGCUGUUUGCAGUUAUGGAUGACAUCUUCUGCUUGUUUCAAGGCCACGUCGAUAAUGUUGCUAAUCUUAAACAACAAUAUGGAUUGAACAAAACAGCAAAUGAGGUGACCAUUGUCAUAGAGGCUUACAGGACGUUAAGGGAUCGGGGUCCUUAUCCUGCUGAUCAAGUUGUGAGAGAUUUCCAAGGCAAAUUUGCGUUUAUCCUGUUUGACAGCAGUUCGCAAACUGCCUUUGUUGCGGCUGAUGCUGACGGGAGUGUUCCUUUCUUCUGGGGAAUUGAUGCUGAUGAAAGUUUAGUUCUUUCAGACGAGAUCGAUAUUGUUCGCAAGAGCUGUGGCAAAUCUUAUGCUCCAUUCCCUAAAGGAUGCUUCUUUACAACAUCGGGAGGUUUGAGGAGUUUCGAGCAUCCACUUAACGAGUUGAAGCCCAUACCAAGGAUUGAUAGUUCUGGUCAGGUGUGCGGUUCAACUUUCAAGGUGGAUGCUGAUUCUAAGAAGGAAGCAAUUGGCAUGCCAAGAGUUGGAAGUGCUGCUAACUGGUCAUCUAAUUACUGA